AUGUUCCUUCACGGAUGGGCACGGGCCAGUCUUUCUGCGAGUGAAACCAACCCGCUUUUCCACUGUGGAGGGUUCAUGUACCUGAGUUUUGCGGAUUUUGUGUACUUUCUCAGUUCAGGUGCUGAAUGCUUCAAGUGCGAGAAAUAUGUGGUGUUCAUAACAUUGCACGACGAGAGCCAGAGAACGGUAACGCCCCCGAGCCCCGCGACCUUGAAUUUGUAUCCGGAUCCCAAGAUGAUGGCGCUCUUUGUGACGCUGCUGUUGGAAGGGGCACCAUUGUUCUAUGAAGUGCUGUCGGGAUACCAUCUGGUGCGAUUCGCCAUUGCGGCACUGCUUUUCACCUUGGCUCAGGGACUGGUCCUCACUGCCUUCUGUGUGGGUGCAAGCCCUGUCGAGGUUGUGACUUUCGGCUACAUCCACAUGCCAGUGUCAGCUGUGCUUAGCUACUUCGCCUUCAGCAGGCGCUAUGGACGCUUAGAGUGGCUGUCGGUCGGGAUGCUGACUCUUGGGGUCCUGGCCUUCGUCCUGCUCCGGGAGGAGUCCGCCGAAGGAGAGACUCUGCAGCUAGAGCUCCAUGGCUUCCUUCUCGUUAUGGGAUCCGUCUUCGCUAGCGUCUUGGGGUCCAUCAUCGCCGAACGCAUCUUCAAAGACAGGUCUGGCCGCGAAGGCAAGCAAGACCGGUUCUACGCCAUCAAGCUCCAUCUGGACUUGUCGGCCCUGAUCAUCGCAGCGAAGCGCUUGGUCGCUCUGGUGGCCCGGGUCUUCUAG